AUGGGCGCGGAUGGCUUGUCGCGGGCAUUAUUGGAUGGUGUGCGAGACCUGAAGGGUGCUCGAGAAGCGUUUGAGCGAGGCGACUUGGAGUAUUCCAAAGAAUGUCAUAGUCAUCCGGCAGAUGAUCAUCGGACACACACGGAAGCACACAUGACGGCAGGUGGUAGUGUAGUACGUUCAGUAGUGUUUGGGGGCUUGGAUGGGAUCGUAACAAUGUUCGCAUUGUUGGCAGGUUGCAUGGGUGCAGAGACGACGGUGUUACAGACGGUGACGAUAGGUGUAGGGAAUUUGAUAGCGGACGCGUUUGCAAUGGGCUAUGGUGAGUACGUUAGUUCAAAGGCUGAAGAAGAAUACGUAGAAGGCGAAACCAAAAGAGAAAAAUGGGAGAUGUAUCAUUACCCUGAGGGUGAACGGAAGGAAAUGAUGACUCUCUACAUGGAGAAGUAUGGCUUCACAGCCCAGGAUGCCGAAUUCUACGUCGAUAUAGGCAUGCAAUACCCAGACUACUUCUUACAACACAUGAUGUUUGAAGAACUGGGGCUUACACUCACCGACUCAUCCACCAGUCCUCGCAUCACCGGGACCGUCAUGUUCCUCUCCUUUCUCUUCCAUGGGCUCGUCCCACUCGGAGGCUUCCUACUCUUGUCUUACUUAUUGCCUAAUAACAAGCAUGCCUUUUACGGAACCUGUGCCAUGACCAUCUGCACCCUUCUGGCACUAGGCUACGUCAAAGCGAAGCUCUCGGGACAGCCAAAACUCAAGUCAGCUCUAGCCAUGGCCGCAAACGGAGCCAUCGCCAGUACAGCAGCAUACGCUGCAUCCAGCACACUCAAGGUAAGCACACACCCGCACUCUACAACACUCGUUCCUCUAGACACUCACCUCGUGACCCUGCUCCUGCAUGAUGGUCUGAUCCUGCAUGAUGGCCUGAUCCGACAAUGA